AUGGAGUCAGAUACAUUGACCGGUACACGGCCGUCGUCUUCCCUGCCUCGACAAGAAUGGCCCCGACUAUCCCCAUCCCACGCGUCUUCAAUCGCCGCUGCCGGCCACCAAACAAACCAGCGAUACGUCGUCGAAGACCAAGCAAACACAUAUCGUGCCACAGCUCUACGCCAGCUGAACGGUUCCCCGAGACCUCAGUCCCGUCCUGUCCGAAUUGAUAAUACCUCUCAGCGGCGCUCGUCGACACUCGCUACGCGCCCCGUGCUUGUCAGGGCGUAUUCGGGCGAUGCCCAGGAGAGAAACACACGACCGCUUGCUAUGUCCGCGCGUCGGUUCCUCUCAUUCUCCGGCUCGAGGAGCUCGGCUCCUCGUCCGUCACAGUCAGAUGUUAUAUUUCCAUCCGAUAAGGACUUCAGUAUCGAGAGUAUACUGCAGGCCAUCGAGCCUGAUAUCCGUGGUACUCUGGACUCUAUUGCUGAGAUCUGUGGACGGAGCAAACUGAGUCUUUCCAACGAGUAUGGGAGUCACAUUGCGCCGUUGGGUGAGAUUUGUGCUCCGUCAGGUGCGCCGGGAUCUGUCGAGCAGGCUAGGCCUAGUGAGGAACGACGUGUAGAUGAUGGCAAUGCGGCUAUUGUUGAUGAGGAGGCUAGUCCGAUUGAUCCAGCUCGUGAUAUGCAUCCGUUCUCGUUUCAUCGGUAUUUAGAAACUCUGCGACAGACUGCGUCUAUGCUGGAACAGAAUGGGACACCCGGUCAAACACAGAGACAGCAUCCUACACUGUCUACAGGCAUGGACUCUGAGUCGGAGGCUGUUUCUCCUAUUAGCCCGAAGACUAUAUCGACCCCUUUCACGCGUGAAUUCGCAUCAAGGCUUAAACACAGUGGACGUGAUCUACUUGCAAAGAAUGCUGCUGCUGGCAAUCGCGAACAGCGAUCAUCUCAGAUGGCCACUCCAGCUGUCGUGUCGGAGGUUCAUCUAGAGGCGACUGCAAAUGAUGGAUCUUCCUCUGAAUCCAAUAUUCUCUCGCAACCUGAUCUGGGCGGUGAUGGUUCGCCUGCCAUUGGAAAUUCGGGCCCGGAAAUCAUUCAAUCCCUCCUUGGUUGGUUGAAGUGGAGUGCGACUAUUGCUGGGCCAGAAUCUAGUCCUGCUUUGCAGUCUGCAGAAGGUCGGCUACGAGCUAUGCUUGAACGUCCAGGGAAUGAGGGUACGCCCUCAACUGUGGCUUGA